GCAGCAAUCCCUGAUACGAUUUUGCUCAAUAUCUCAACCUAUGCCGACGGGGACACCCGACUUGUUGUGUCCUCUGUCAAUCACGCCCUGCGCACCCGACUGGUGCCCCUGAUGUUCAAGACGAUCGUGGUAGAUCAAGACGAUGAGCGCUCCAUAAAAGCGCUGGGUCGUGGUCUUCUGGCAACCGCGCGCGAACUCGUGCUGCAUGAUACCAGGCUCGCUCGUGAACUCAUCCCGCAUGCCACUCGAUCCGCCCCCCUGCGUCUUCAAAGCCUCACAUUCUCCCCCGACUCCGACGAUGCGCUCUACAGGGAGACUAUGGCCAUCUCCUGUCUCUUGCCUUUUCUGCGGGCGUCGCCCCAUCUAGAAAGGCUGGAUUGCGUCUUGGUACUUCGCCGCCAGCGUGAUCUGUUUGCGCUUAUGUCCGAAGUGACUGGAAUCAAGAAGCUUGUGAUACAGCACAUAGAAGGCCCUCAGCGGGAGCCACUAUCCGGUGAAACUGCGCCUUGGGUGAGGCUCGAAGAGCUCAUCGUUGGGAAUGGGUGGCUACCAAUCAUGUCAGGCUCAUGUCUCACUGAAACCUCUCUCACAGAUACAGAAGGCGCAGGCCUGCAUUUCGAAGGGCAUCUGCCUGCCCUCCGCGAGCUUCAUGUUCGGAUGCUCACGCGACGCGGAGACCGAUUGCAGGAGAUGGAUGGCGUCAAGAACCUCAUUCGCGUCCUAUCCAACGACGCGUUAGCACCCAUCACUGAACUUCACCUCGAAUUCUUCAUCAUGAGCGUCUUCUACUCUGACAUGGGCCGUGGAGGAGGCUACCGAGGGGGGAACAAUGCCGACGUUACAGGCAUAUGCGGUGAUCGCCUGACGCUCUCAUGGUGGCAGUCAUUCGCGCUUCCACGGCGCUGCUCCAUGAUCAUCUUGAUCAUCUACGACGCAGAGGACGAGGCAAGUGACUCGGAGAGCACCGAUUCCAGCGCGACCGACAGUGACUUGGACGAUGGUCAUCGGGCGUCUCAAGCACGCUAUCCCUCCGGUCUCUUGCGACGUCCUUAUGGAGAGAACGAAGGCCUGAAAUGGAAGCCGCAUGCUCGGUCUCUGCUGCUUCACCUCGCCCAAAGCAUCGGUGUCACCGCGCGUGUCUCAUUCGCUCCAGGGAUGUACGUUGGUCCCAUUCCAGGGGAAUGCCCCUCCAGCGGGUGGCCAGAGGAGUGGAUUGAGCAGUUCGAAGAAGACCCCGACAAGGCGAUGGAUGAGAAUGAGACCGCCCUCUUCUACAACUGGAGGGAAUGGGAGGUUUGA